AUGGCCGAGGCCCUUCUAGGCCUGGCGCCCUCGUCUUACGGCGACGCGCUGAGCGACAAGUUCUCGAUCGCGAAACCCGAAGACCUCCCCGCACAGCUUCAACAAGACCUCGAGACGAAGAGAACACCCACGCGAUGCGAGCACGUCUCCGUGACAUUGGACGUCCCCUCGACUGUCGAGUUCGCGAUCCGCGAGAGCGAUGGCGACGCCCAGGAAAACAUCGACCCGGCCCUGAGCGGCUUCCGCUCCCAGACUGUCGAAGGUCAGCAGGUCAAGGUUGUGCGCGCGUACGAUGCCAUUAUCCAGCAGCCGCACGACAAUCCAGCGACGCAGCGAGCAGUGGCCAAGCAUAUCGUCGCCUUGCUGUCGACGGUGGACCAGAGUAACUGGGUGGUCAGAGAGGUCUCGCGAGGUCCAUAUGGGUGGACAUUCACGUACAUGUGCAAGGAUUCGAUGGCCAUGUGGAAUCGCCAAAACGGAAAGACCGCAUCCAAGUCGCUCAUAGGAGAGUACAGCCAACAGGAACUCGAUCCUGUUAUCUCAGGCCGCCCAGCUUUCGACUGCCGAGGCACACUGACCAUCGCGUUUUCGAAGAACUCGCGAACGAUCAACGUCAAGUACGAGCAUUCGCCGCUGCACAAGACCGUUGGGGAGAUGAUUGAACAUUUCCGACCACUACCCCCGGCACCGCCUCCUGUACCUUUGAUCCCCGCAGGAGACAAGAAGAAGACCCCCAGAAAACGGAAGGUCGAGUACAACGAAGAUGGAACACCCAAGGAGCCAAAGAGAAAGCGGAAGUCGGCAGCCGUCAACGAGGAUGGAACUCCUGCGCAGCCCAAGAAGAAGAGGAAGAAGAAGUCAGACGCAAACGCCGCCGAGGCGUCAGCGGACGGCGCGGGUGCAGCGGAUUCCACGGUUAUGACCAAGGCAGACGCUGCAGUGCAAAGCAACCUCCACUCCCAGGCAAAUCUCAACGUGCCACCGGCUGAAGCGGCUAGGCGCCGUGAGGUGGCCAUCAGAAUGUUGAGUGACAACGGAGUGGACCCAGAGACUCUGUCCACGGAGCAAUUUAGCAUCUUCGCCAACCAGUCUCCAGACCUCCAGAAGGAAUCUCUUUCUAUGCUCGUCAAGUACGGCGCAGAGAGGCUGCGGAUUGUGCACCCGAAUGACGCCGCUGCGUCUUCGUCAACGAGCGCAUCAUCAACCCCGCCGCAGCCAGCAGUUCUCGAGGAACCCGCAGCCUCUUCAGAGUCCGAAACCCCGACCAAGGCGAAGAAGAAGGCGUCACGGAAAUCGAAGACAACCACGGAAUUGGAAGAGGAGUUGGUCCCAGCCCCUGAAGGCACCCCAAUGAAGAUGAUCUCCAGAGGCUCUUGCAUUGGAUGCAGAAUCGGCAAGCUUAAGUGUGAUCGAACAAAGCCUACUUGCGAUGUGUGCGAAGAGGAAGGGCGUGACUGCCAGUAUCCGCUGGUCAAGAGUGCUGCCACGAAGAAGAAAACUACACUCACGGCCGUUCAAGUUGUUAGUGACGACGAGGACGACGCGGAGGCUGACGCAGAGCCCGAGCCAGAGCCUGUUCCAGAACCACAAGAAGAGCCAGAGCCUGAUGACAUCGAGACUAUCGACUACACAUCAAACAUGCCCGUCGCUAAUAUGUUGACUCCCGCAGCCGACACGUCAACCCAGGACUACUUCAAUUCGGGACCGAGCGAUCUCACGUAUGGCCAAGGCUCUUCAAACGACAUGGGCCUGUCUCAUGCCGUCAACACUUAUCCGGAGCCAUCAGCCGCGGUCUCUUUUACGGAUCAGCACGCAGUCAGUUCGUCUUAUACGCAACCUGCGCUGACACAAACUGCGAACUACACUCAGCCGACUAUGGACACCACAUCAUAUACCCAGCCAGCCGUCGCUGAGACCGUGAGUUACACGCAACCCGCGGCUAAGAGCCCAAAGGCUUCACGUACUUCUACAGCCACAAGGCGGAGUCUGCCGUCCGGAGCUAGAACUUCUACGACGGAGAGUGCUGUCCCGCUUCCCAGCUACGCUCAGAACUGGGCGACAUCGCCGCCAAAGGCGCCAGCAAAUACUGUGUCUCCAACGAUGACUACCAAGCAACAGCCCCGCUCAAGCUCAAGGAGGUCUACACAGACCCCAGUUCAAGCCGCUGCUCAGCAGUCCAGCUUCAAUACUACACAGCAGACGGCGGCUCAUGCUGCUAUUCAGCAGCAGCAACAACAGCACCGCCCAUCUCCAACUCCGCAAGUCGCGCAGUCUGUCACACCUGCUCAAGUGUCUCCUUUCCAGGCACCUGUCCAGACAGCUCGAGCUAAGAGCCGAGCGGGACAUAGAGCGUCAACGCGGACUCCCGUUAACACCGACCCGCGACCAACUCCGUCUCAUCACACGGUGCAGCAGUCCACCACUGUCGACACUCAGCCUAUGGGCAACGUGUCUGGCUACAGCAAUUACAACACCAAAUACUCGGCUACGAGCAAUAACAAUGCAGCCUCUGACACGAGGCUCGCAUACGAGCCUUACACGGCACAAACAACGUCCGCGACCACAUCCACCUACCCUUCGUACGACAACACGUACGAUCGAAGCAGCACAGCCCAAAACACGAAUAUUGCGUAUACGCCCACCAACAAUUCUCGUUCUAGCCAGUACCAGACCCGCAGCUCCCAGUCUUACAACAACACAACUCCGGCUGCCUCCUCUUAUUCGCAGACACCAACCACGACCCAGCAACAAACCGCGUCCUUGCAGUCGUUUAACAUGCGUGCUUCAGCAACUGGUACUCACACUCGGUCGGCGUCAACUAAGUACCAACAGCAGCAGCAGCAGCAAUCACAACAGCAACAGCCGCAGCAGACGCAAUCCUACGGCUCUUACUCGUCGCAGACGCAACAACAGUCGGCUCAGCCGGACCAGCACAGUUGGUACGGCUUUGGCUCAAGCACGACGUCAUCCACGCCGGCCAAUGCAGCAGGAGGAUACGGCACUAGAAGCAGCACGUCCAACAGCUACGGAAGCGGGACUGCUAAUGCCAGUCAGGCAUACCAGCAGCAGCAGCAUUACGGAGGGCUCAACAUGUCGGGCCACAAUUACACGGGAACCGACAACGAGAUGUACGAGUUGCUUAAGCUGCACAACUCUGGUCGUUAG